CUGAAUUAUUGCAUGGGUCAGCUGUGCUGCAGCUACAGCUGCUCUAUUUUUCACCGAACCAACCCCUUCAGCCCAGCUCCGUGGUGCUCACACAAAGAUGACUCUUGAGGCAGAGUUUAAGACCAUAGCAGACAAUGUGAAGAAGGUGAAAACGCAGCCCACGAACGAUGAGCUGCUGACCCUGUACGGUCUUUACAAACAGGCCAUCGUUGGAGACGUUAACACUGAGAAACCAGGGAUUUUGGAUCCAACAGGAAAAGCCAAAUGGGAGGCCUGGGAAUCCAGAAAAGGCAUGUCCAAGGACGAAGCCAUGUCCACAUACAUCACACAUGCUAAAGAGGUUAUCAGCAAAUAUGGGCUGUAGGGUGUGCAAAAAUCUGAAGAGGCAGAAACCACUAAAACAAAGCUGCUGUUCGCCUUGAGUUCUCAGAGGCCAUAAUAUUAAAGUAAUUUUACAUUUCUUGCUUACUUGGAAAGUUAUUUUUAUCGACCAGGACAGUAAAUAAAACUUCUAUGCACCUCUGUGGUUAAGACGAUUAACUUUAUUGCAUUUAAUUUACAUCACUGAUGCCUCUGGGAGCACAGCAAGACAAACAGAAGGCUGUAAAAUGUGAACAAACUACUGUACUGUAAUUAAAUACCUCUUUACAUUUCUUGUGAUACAUGUGCUUUUUAAAUGUAUUUUAUUUCAUGGCUUGGCUUUCACUUGAACGGCAUUGCUCGUGAACAGAAACGUCCAUCUUGCACAGAGUAAACAUUUAAAAAGGGGUUUUCUAUGUAAAAGAAUGGGCUUAGGAGAAGGAUCACAUUUUUGCACAGAAGAACUUCAAUGUUUUUAUCUAUCUGUUACAACAAAGAAAUGUUAAGAAGAUAUCUAUUAUUGGCCAGACUGGAGAAGGGGACUGAUAAGUGACCAAAACCUCUCAGAGUUGGAGCUUUUCUUAAAGAGGUGGGGGCCUUAAAUCCAAACUUGUUGUAGCCUUGCUGCAUAAUCUCGUUCUUGUGCAGUCCUGUGCUAUAAUCAUGUGAUAACAAAGGCGAUCGCAACUCAAACUUUAAACCUUAUUUCAUGAACACACUUACAUUAGGUAUUCAAAGAUCUGACACUCCAUGUAAAUGCUUUUAUUGCCCACAAUAAAUAA